UUUUAGAACUCAACUAUGGCUUAAAUUAGGGUUAGUUAAUUGUAAACUAUUCUUCAAGAACCAAAUUGAUGAAGAAAGAGGGAAAUUUUUGUUGUUGUUUUGAAGUUUUAAUUAAUUUUUUAAGUUAAAACUGGUUUAUCAUAAUUAUGCGUGAUGGCUAAAAGUUGGAAAAAAUACUUGUUAUGGUUUGCACAAGAGCACAUUGAAUUUCGAAAUGCGGAAAUAGAAUCCUUAUUAUCUUUGUUCAAGAUAGAGAUGAGGUAUGCACAGAAGCCCCAAAGUAAGGAACCCUUUUGGAUAGUGGAAUUCUCUUCCGAAGGCGAUGCUCAACUACUAACCAGCAGAUCUGUAUCUCUACGCAAUUGCAUGGAACUGUGGGGCCAUGAAAAGUCUGUGGACCUAUUGCACAAUAGUUUAAGGAAAAAAUGUGAAAUAUUUGCUCCAUACUUCAGUCCCAAUAAAAGUUUUAAGAUUGAAGUUGAAACUUAUUGUAAACAUUUUACACAGCAAGAGAAAGUUAAUAAAUUAGAAACUUUCAACUAUUUGCCAAUUGAAGGACAGGUUAGGCUUAAUAAUCCAGAUACAUGUUUGCAAUAUAUUGAAUAUUAUGGAAUAAUACCUAAUGACCCACCAGAAUUGCCUCAUGACGUAUUUUUCGGAAAAUGUGUAGCUUACGGCUUAAGACAACUUAUGAAAAAAUUAUCGUUAAAAACUAGAAAAUUUAUAGGUAACACGAGUAUGGAUCCACAGUUGUCCCUAUUGAUGGCUAAUCAAGCCAAAGUUAAAAAUGGUGACAUAAUUUUGGACCCGUUUGUAGGGUCUGGGUCUUUAUUAGUAGCUGCUGCAGAAUUUGGAGGAUAUGUUUUUGGAUCUGAUAUUGAUUAUUUAAUGUUGCAUGGGAAAACAAAACCUUCGAGAAUCAGGCAACAGAAACGUGCAAGUGAUGAAAGUGUACGAGCCAAUAUGCAACAGUAUAACUUGGAACAUAAAUAUCUUGAUGUUUUAAUUAACGAUUUCGCAAUGGUAUUUUGGAGAGAUUCUUUCGAAUUUGAUGCUAUAAUAACGGAUCCUCCGUAUGGCAUAAGAGAAUCUACAGAAAAGGUUGGCACAGAAAAACCGAACUACACUGUAAGUGAAGAGCAUUUAGCCACCCAUAUUCCUGCUAAAAUUGAAUAUGGCAUUCCAAGUAUUUAUAAGGAUCUUAUCAUUUUUGCUUCCAAGCAUUUAAAAGUGGGUGGACGUUUGGUUUGCUGGUUUCCAGUAUUGAGAGAUGAUUACACUGUGAAUUGUCUGCCAAAACAUCCCUGCUUGAAACUCUUAGCCAAUAGCGAGCAGCCACUGAGUAAAGUAACCUCAAGGCGACUUUUGACUUAUGAAAAAACCAAACAUCCUUCUGUAGAUGAGUUGAGCCUAGAGGGUGUUACGAUACAAGAUUUCAGGGAAAAAUAUUUUUUGCUUAGGGAAGAGACUAGGAAAGAAAAGAGGCAUAAAGAAGCGGCAAUCAGGAAAGAAAAUUGGGAUAAAUACAUAAAAAAUAAGCAAAAUUGUGCAGAAUAGAGAUUUUCUAA